AUCUCUCAUCCACACAAAUACUGUUAUUGUUAUUUAUAAGCACAAAUAUAUAGUAUGUGCGUAUUUUAAUUUAAAUUUUUUAAUAUACAGUCAGGUCUCGCUAAGUGUCGUCACUGGGAAUUUUUUGGGACCGUCUAUCUCAGUAAGUGUCAGUGACCUAAACCACGCUUCUUUAAUAAAAGUGGUCAUUUCAUUGGUUUAUGUUGCAAACCGGUUUGGGGAAGUCCAUUUUUAGCAUUGGAGAGGGUAAAAAAAAGUAGGGAAAGUGACAGUUGUCGGGUCUUGAACGAUGACACUUUGUGAGUCAUGACACUUACUGAAAACAACACUUGGCGAGACCUGACUGUAGACGAGAAAGAGGACAUUUACAUUGUACAUUUAGUCUCAUUUGGUAGCUGAAGCCUUAUUUGUGUAUUAUAUAUUAUUUCUUGGUUUCUAAUGUUGGAAAUGAAUUUCUUCAUCCGGUAAAUUUAAAAAAUCAGUUCACUUAAGCAGAACCAUGAAGCUAAAGUUCAUUUUGAUUCUUUGUGCACUGAUAUCAAUUGUCAAGGGCAACAAUGAUUGUCUCAGUCAGAAAGAUUUGAAAGUUUUAGAAGAAACCUUUCACUCUGCUUCAGCAUACAUGAAAAGGGAAGUUAAGGAAGAGGAUAUUGUACUUUGCAUUGGAGCAACAAGAGCUGGAAAGAGCACCUUGGUAAAUUAUUUAAUUGCCAAUAAAUUAAAAGCCGAGAGAAUUAAUAGAUACACUUCCAUAAAUAUAUCAAAAGUCGACAAUAAAUCCCCAGGACCGGAAAUUGGAUUUGGCCCAAUGUCAAAAACAACAAUUCCAAAGAGAUGGUUAUCGAAAAAAUUACCCCAAAUUGCAAUUUGGGAUGCUCCUGGAUUUGAUGAUAAUAGAGGAGCAAUACAGGAUAUCACAAAUGCCUUUUAUCUCCAUCAAUUAAUACAAAAUGUAAAAUCUAUGAAAAUUAUUUUAACCAUCGACAUAAAUGACAUACUUCAUGACAAUAUUAAACCAUUUCUAUUGGUUUUAAGCGCAGUUGAAAAUUUAUUAGGUGUCAAAAUGAAGCCAUACUUUACCAGUAUAUCCGUAAUAUUUACAAAGGUUCCAAAUAAAAUCGAAGGCAUUCCCGUUGAUAUGGAAGUUAUAAAUGAAAAAUUAUUCUCACAAUUCUUAUCAAACAGUGAGAUGGAUAUAUCGAAAGUUUCCAAAGAAUUUAUUCAAUUUUUAAUAAAGAAUAAUAAUCGUAUUGCUUUCUUCAAAAGACCUCAAGAAAUUGGACUUAUCACUUCAGCAAUUGAUGUAAAUAUUUUUCCGGUCAUUCAAAAUUCUCAACGAAUUGAUAAAUAUUCCCUAAAGGAACUAAGUCCCAGUAUUUCUGAACAAUCGAGAAUUUGUUUAUUUAAAGUUCGUGAAGCAUUGUAUUCACUGAAGUCAUUAGAAGAAUUACAAAACGAUUUUAUUGCCGAUAUGGAUAAUACUGCAAAAGCUGUCAAUAAUUUUAAUGGCGCUAUAGAAUUUGAAAUAUUCGUAAAUUAUGUUCUAUCGAUUUUAAUCGGAUAUGAGAAGAAAUUGAAUAUUGCCAUUAAUUACAGUCGAACGUUCCCCGAAAUACUCAAAGCAUAUGGAAACGUUCAUAGUGAAUUGUCUCGAAAAAUUGACGAAUUGAAAAUAAUAGAGAAAUAUAAUCUAAUGAAAUUUGUCGAUAAAUUAUUAAAUUUGAAUGAAUCCAAACAAUUUGAGUUUGCAAUUCAAAAAGAACUGAGUUUAUCAUUAUUGAAAGUGAAAGAAACUGAAAAUAUUGUUCGAGAAAUAUUGAAUUCAAUAAUACAGAAGAAAUAUGAAAUUCAAAGAAUUGAGGAAAGAAGAAGGCAACAGGAAGAAUUGGAUCGACUUUCUUGGAUAUUCGAGCAAAAAAGAAGAGAAGCUAAUAAAGGAGUUUUGGAAAUUCUCGAAGAUUUAUUUGGUUAAAUACUCAAUUUUUUACGGAUGAAAUAAAAUUAUUGGAAUAUUCUCAAAA